CUCGACCUCCACACCUGCUCUUGCAUGUCUUUGCUAAAGGACUGGUUACUCUCAACAUCCCUCUACACUCCAUCCUUCAUCUCAGAAGGCAGAGAAAGUACAAUGCGCUCCUACACCUCGAAGCCUGACUGCCAUACACGGCGGAGGUGAACAAUAAACAAUCCGCAUCACAACUGCGACAUUCGACGAGCGCACCGCACUACACUCUCAACUCCCACCGCCUCCUUCGAGUAUCAUACAUCAACCACCACUGCCAAAGACAUGGCCUCCCGAGCCCACUCCUCCCUCUCCAUUCCCUCCACCCAACUCAGCUCGAGCACAAACCGCUCCGCCUCUAGACCUGCCGUCUCGCAACAGGUUAGCACAACCUCACUCCUCGCCCACCUGAAUACCGCCUUUUCGAACAACACCUCAUACACCCUCGAGUCGAGUACGAGCGUGGUAGUCAACACCUGGGCAAGCGGAGGCAUUGUAGACGAAGAGCUGGGCAGGAAAGCGUGGGAGCAUGCGCGGAGAAGAGCAGAAGACGCUUGCAUCGUCCUCGCCUCCCCACAUCAGUCCUCUCCCUCCUUGCUCGAUCCCUUCUGCGCGAGCCUGCCAUUGUCGAUCCCGAACUCCUUCUUCACCGCGCUCAGUGCACUCCGCCCGUUCCUGCAUUGCGUUACGCCAUACAACUCCUCAACACCUUGCUACUCCGCCUUGGCCGCCACAUUCACCCUCUCCCUAGAAGGCCAGGUCCAGGGCGCAUCACUCAGCUUGGCAACUUCUGGCAUCAACACCAACCUCGCUCUGCUCAAUGUGCCUGCUGAGCGAGGUUACCGCGCUUUCGACGUCUUUUACUACAUCCUCGCGAGUGCUACGGCGAAAGAGCGAGAUUACCUUGGCCUCAAACCACCUAAUCGAUAUGCCCUGCUACGCAAGAGUGACACAUACUCAUCUCCUUCUUUCCAAACAACAACAGACGAUGCCGCGAGUGCAGAGGACUGGCGGGAGACUUUACGAGCGCUUGGAAUCAAAGGAAACCACUUCAGGAAUCUAUUAUGCGUAGUCGCCUCGAUCGUACGACUCGGAGACGCCGUUGGAUAUCUGGUGGAUCAAGGCGAACUGGAGACCACCUGCCGUCAAGUCGGGAGCAUGCUAGAGCUCGAACAGGAUGUGUUACUUAAGAAAUGCGUCACGGAAGACCGCGAAAUCUUGAUUGCCGGUCUCUAUGAGGCCUUGGUCGACUGGGUCAUCGCGAAGUUCAACGAAGCCAUCAGCAAAGAAAUCAGGGUCGGACGUCAAUCAAGUUCCGCGAGGAGCAGCGAUAUUGGAGUCACCCCACCCACGACUGGCAGAGAGGACGAUGUCGCUGGUGCCAGCAUCACCGUGAUCGACGUCGCCGAUUCAAUGUUGGGCAAAGCGGCUUGUCUGCGAGCAGUAUUCGACGCAUCUGCUGGAAUUAAUGGCGAGAUGAAGGAAGAUGGCGUUCCAAUCGUAUCUGCAGGCUCAUCAGUAGUCCGAGAGAUGUCGGAAGCUGUGGCGCAGUGCGAGGCCGAUCUCGAGAUCCCAGGCGGCAGAGGAGCGCGAGAGCGCGAAAACCAGCUCGAUCAAAGGCAGACGGUACUCGACAAAGUCGGUGUCGAAGCUGAGCCUGACAGUUUCUUGAGAUCGAUCUUGUACCCUGUUCAUGGAGACAGCAUCAAUGUUGGAAAGACGGGACGAAUCAGUCUGCGAAACGUCAUGGAAAGCAGUAGAGUAUGGUUCCAUCUCUGCUUACAUCCUAGCGACGACUCGCCCGCCACAUUCGCCCAGCAAAACUUCCCUUGGUCUGCAGGCUGUGUAUCGUCACAAAUCCGAGCAUGGCGCCUUCCAGAAUGGGCAAAUCACCGCAACAGACAACUAGAUUUCACCGCAGACUUCGAUGUGGACGAGUUCGUCGACCGCUAUCGUCUCCUUGGCUGUCAGGGCGGAAGGGAGGGCGUUGAUGCCUGGGCCAUGGAGCGCGGAUGGAGCAAUGGCGAAGUCGUCAUCGGUCACGAACGAGUUUGGGUUAGAGAAGCAGCAUGGUGGGGUGCGGAAGUGAUGCUUGAUACAAAGGCUGCUGAUCAACCUUCUGGCUUGCUCGGUGCUGGACUCGGCGCUCCUGGAUACAUUCCUUCUCGUUCACCUUCGCCCAUGGAAAAUCCAUUCCUCGCACAGCAGUACGAGGACAACGGCUCGCAAGAAAUGCUUGGAGGGCGAGGGGCUCCAAAGUCUAUAGGCCCGGCCGGUGGUGGUGACUACGGCCUUGGGCGCAAGGGAGACUACAGAUACGCAGAGAUGCUGUACGAGGACGACUUUGAUCCACAGCUCGCAGAGGGCAAGGAGAUCAAAGUGCAGAAGACGACGAUAGGACGACGUCUGUGGGUUGCCGUGGUCUGGAUGUGCACUUGGUGGAUCCCGUCCUUCCUUCUGUCCUGGAUCGGCCGCAUGAAACGACCCGAUGUGCGUCUGGCCUGGCGUGAGAAGCUCGUUCUCUUCUGCCUAAUUGUCUUCAUCAACGGUGCGGUAGUCUUCUACGUUGUCGAAUUGGGAAGGCUACUGUGUCCGAACUACGACAAGGUCUGGAAUCUCAAAGACGUCGGCUACAACCAAGGCGUUAAUGACUACUGGGUGGCCCACAUGGGGAGUGUGUACGAUCUCACGCACUUCUACCGGCUGCAGCAUUCGGAUACAUCCAUUCAGACGAACUCUCAGAACAUGCUUCCCUUCGCCGGAACAGACGUCACGGGCUACAUUGUUCCGCCUCUUUACAAGGCUUGUCCUGGUCUAGUGACAAACAAGUUCUUGACGCUGUCCCAAAACACCUCGCUGCUUUACCCCAUCGCCGAGCACACUUCCGGUCCGCUGAACCUUUAUCAUGGCAGUGCCUUGGACAAUAGCGACUGGUACUUUGAUGUCUUCCAGCCAAAAAUCCAGGACUAUUACAAAGGCGACCUCGUCACUUCGAAGGACACCAUUUACUCCGAAGGCCAGAACUCCAAUCACUAUUGGUUCAUUCUCGAGGGCAAAGUCUACGACCUUACGAAUUACUUCUAUUCGCUUGCACUGGAAAACAACCUCCCGCAGUACGAAUUCCUUGGAUCACAGUUCACGAACUUGGUCAAGAACAACCCUGGCCUGGACAUCACAGACAUGUUCCAGACGGAUCUGAACACCACCUACCAAGGCCAGGCGCUCGAGUGCCUGAACAACAUGUUCUACAUUGGCAAAGUUGACUUCCGGGACUCGCCGCGCUGCCAGGUCAACAAUUACAUCCUGCUCAGCUUCACAAUUGUCCUGUGCGUAGUCAUCCUGACGAAGUUCCUCGCGGCUUUGCAGUUGGGAUCCAGUCGCAAGCCCAUCCAGCAGGAUAAGUUUGUGAUCUGCCAGGUUCCUUGCUACACAGAAGGCGAAGACUCCCUACGCAAGAGCCUGGAUUCCUUGACGGCAUUGACCUACGACAAUAAGCGGAAACUCAUCUGCGUCAUCUGCGACGGAGUCACAGUAGGCGGAGGCAACGAUCGUCCCACGCCUAAGAUCGUCCUCGACAUUCUUGGUAUCGAUCCCAAAGUCGACCCUCCCGCCCUGCCAUUCAAGAGUAUCGGCUACGGCAGCGAACAGCUGAAUUACGGCAAAGUCUACUCGGGUCUCUAUGAGUACGAAGGCAAUGUCGUGCCCUACAUCGUUGUCGUCAAAGUCGGCAAGGAGUCGGAGCGCAAGAAAUCGAAGCCGGGAAAUCGGGGCAAGCGAGACUCGCAGGUGCUGCUCAUGUCCUUUCUCAAUCGCGUCCAUCACCGCGCGCCCAUGAAUCCGCUGGAGCUGGAGAUGUUCCAUCAGAUCAACAAUGUCAUUGGUGUUGAUCCGGAGCUUUACGAAUACCUCUUCAUGGUUGAUGCGGAUACACGCGUCGCCGAAGAUGCAUUGAACAGGCUUGUCGCGGCGUGUGCCAAUGACGCCAAAAUUGCUGGGAUCUGUGGUGAGACGAGUUUGGAGAAUCAGGAGCGCAGCUGGUGGACUAUGAUACAAGUCUACGAGUACUGGAUUUCGCAUCAUUUGGCGAAGGCUUUUGAGAGCUUGUUCGACAGCGUUACUUGUUUGCCUGGAUGCUUCACGAUGUAUCGAUUGCGAACUGUCGACAAAGGCCGACCGCUGAUCAUCUCGGAUCAAGUCGUUCAGGAAUACGCCGACAACGAUGUGGACACUCUCCACAAGAAGAAUUUGCUCUCCCUAGGCGAAGAUCGCUACCUCACGACCCUCAUGACCAAACACUUCCCGCAAAUGUCGUACAAAUUCCUCCCCGAUGCAUUCGCACACACCGAGGCUCCCGCAACAUGGGGCGUGCUGCUCUCCCAGCGCCGCCGCUGGAUCAACUCAACAAUGCACAACCUCUUCGAAUUGGUGAAGCUCAAGGACCUGUGCGGCUUCUGUUGCUUUAGCAUGCGCUUCGUCGUCUUCAUCGAUCUCUUCGGAACCAUCAUCCUGCCCGCCACGUGCGGCUACCUGAUCUACCUCAUCUACCGCGUGGCGGCGCACAAUGGACAAUUCCCGUUCAUCUCCAUCAUUAUCCUGUCCGCGGUGUAUGGGUUGCAGGCUCUUGUGUUCAUCAUCAAGAGACAGUGGCAGCACGUUGGAUGGAUGAUUAUAUACAUCUGUGCUUACCCCAUCUGGUCGCUCGUGCUGCCUCUUUAUUCUUUCUGGCGCCAGGACGACUUCUCUUGGGGCAGCACGAGGAUUGUGAUUGGCGAGCGCGGCGACAAGAAGGUCAUUGCGGAUUCCGAUGAGGGUUUCGAUCCUCGCAGCAUUCCCCUACAGCGAUGGGACGAUUACGCUGCGAAGAACUACAUACCCGGUACACGCGGCGGAAGCGUGAUGCAAGAGAAGGGGCCCGGCGCGUACUUCCAGGAUGGAGCUGCAGCGACAGGAGGCUACGAAAUGGACGACAUGCACUCCACGUACUCCACCAUCAAGCCAGGCUCGACCAUGCUCGCCGCCAUGCCGCCGCAAAUGUACCAACAGCCAGUACACCCACUCGGCCAGCCUCCGUAUGCAGGCGGCAUGAUGAUGCUACCAGGCCGCUACACAGACAGCCCCGGGCCCCCCGAGCACGGCCGGAUGAUGUCGACAGUGAGCCUCAACGAGCCCUUCUUCUCGCACUCCCGCCACCAAUCCCGCGACAGACUCCUCCCCUCUCCCCGCCACUCUCCCUCCCCGCACCAACAGCUCUACUCCCCCUCCACUUUCUCCCAUCUCCAUCAACAACAGCAGCAACCUUUCGCCUACAGCCGUCCGUCCAGCGCGCAACGGAACCAGGCAUCGCCUACCGGUGCUUUCUACCCGUCGUCGCAGGGCCAACCGUCGGAUGAGGCGAUUGUGAUGGCCAUUCGAGAGUGUUUGGGCGAGGUUGAUUUGGAUACUGUGACGAAGAAGCAGUUGAGGAGUUUGGCUGAGGGGAAGUUAAGGUGUGAGUUGCGCGGGGAGAGGAGGGCGUUUGCGGAUUUGAGGAUUGAUGAUGAGUUGGCGCGGAUGUGAGGGGUUUCGGUUUCCUUUGUUUUGUUGUUUGUUGAGCGCGCGUGUUGGAGGGGAUAGUGGUGUUGGGCGUUGGUUUGUUGAUAGUCAUUGCUGGGUACUGUACAUG